UUUACUUCAGUUUAGAGACACAGAUACCAUCCUCAUCUUCAUGACAAGAGGAGGCUGGAUGAUUUAACUGGAUUUACUGUCCUCUCCGUCGCUCUGGUUAAACGAGGAUGAAUCAGUGAAGAAUGAGUGACGGUGCGGACAGACGCAGAGUGUCAUUACGGACAGCAUGUUUCAGGUCUGUCUGGCAGACGGCUGCACGGGGGAGCACCGGGACGAGACAAAAAAAAACCCUCAGCGAAUUCAUAUUAUCAGUGACUACAUGUUUUGAUGAUCACCAGGCUCCUGUGUAAUAUGAUCUCCCCCUUGACCUGAUUGACAGUACUAGAAGAUGGUGGCCUCCAUAUGCUCUGAAGAAAUGUAAACGUGACUGAGUUGACUCCACUCAACCGGCUGAUUAGAGACUUAAUCGUCAGUCAUAUGAGGACACUGGGUUUUUCCCACAGCUGUGUGCUGUGCUAACCGUCCAGCUUGGAAGUGAAGGAGCCCCCGAGGCAGAGCUAUGGGCUGUGGAGGGAGCAGGACUGACGCCCUGGAGCCUCGCUACCUGGAGAGUUGGACUAAAGAGACAGAGUCGACGUGGCUGACCAGCACAGACACUGAUAUUCCCCUGUCGUCCAUCCAGAGCAUCCCCUCUGAGAACUCUGAGGCCGGCUUCACUUCUGAGAAAACUAUCAGCCCUGUUCCAGAUUUCUUCGAGGACGGCCUCCCUCCUCCUGCGCAGGCGUACCUGAAGGUGUGCUCGGCCGUGUCUGAAGCCAGUCUGAAUGAUGUGAAACCCAGCAGCCCUCCUGCAAUACUGGCCUCUCCACCCAGAGAGGAGGUGUUGCCUUCGACUGGCACCACAGUGCAGCGCCGAAGUGUUCUACACACUGAAGAGAUUACAAAAUGGCAGGACAAUCGUAUGUCAACAAAGCAGGUGACCAUCACAGUGACACAGAGCAUCCAUCAGGUGGACAAGAACGGGAAGGUGAAGAAGUCCCUCACCACCUACGAGGUCAUGAAACCAGUGGAAACUCUGAAACAGGUGGCCACACAAAACACUUGAGUGCAGGGUAUAAACGGGAGGAAGCCAAAGAAUAACGUUGACUGUGAAAUGAAAUAGAUGAAGCAAUCGUUAUUUUUGUGGAGAAAACUUAAAAGCAUCUGAAGGCUGAUGAAGCUCAAGAGGGAUACGUGAGACUCUGAACUCUAAAAUUUAGAUACUCAUCAAAAAUAUGGCUCAUUUUCUCAUUUUCUUAAAAAAAAACAAAAAAAACAAAGAAGUUUAACUAGGCCGUGUUGUAUUGAAUACCGUGAGAUGUAUUUCUAUGGUGCCUGUUACCACAACGCUUAACUUUACUUUGAUACAUUUAACACAAUGACAUAUAAAACUGUAGUUUGGUAAGAGAAAAUACAAAACAUGACAUUUUACAGUACCAACAGUAACAGAGCAAAUAUAAAUGAACAAUUCAGCAGACAGCUUGUGUUGAAAAUAAUUUAGAGGAAAUCAUAAUUUGGCACAUUCAAAUUUCUCAAAAUAUGUGUAGAAGUAUUAUCACAGUAUCAUUUAACAUUAUUAAAUAUUCACAAAGCAUAAAUAUUUUAUAGUUUUGUUAUUUGACAUUGAUACACAAUGUGUAGUUGCUGCUGUGCUACAAUCUGUAUGGCUCAGGAAACUGAAAUUGACUGUGAUGACUGCACUAUUUACAGUGAAGCCUGGAGGGUAUAGAGUUUAUGAUGAUGAUGAUGUGAAAACUGGUCUUACUACAUGGUGUUGUUUUGUACAAUACAGUGUCUGAUUUUCUUAUCUAGUCAUCUGUGUUUUCUAAUGACAAUAAAUCAACAAAAACAGUCCUUUAUUUUAAAUUACUGCACAUGGCUUGGAGGGAAAAUCACUUUUAAUAACACAGACGUGGGAUGAACAUAUUGGCACUUGGGGGAAUUGAGUUGAACAA